CUAAAUGCUUUGAAUUUCAGAUGAAUGAUUACAUAACCCUAGGGAUGGGUCGGCACCCCGACCUUACCCUCAAAUGGAAUCCUCGGAAUCUAGAGAUUAAAACUAGAAGUGUAGAGAAGAACCUUGAACCGUUGGUUCAUCAGGUCACAACCCUCGUCGCUUCCCAGUCUCCUUUCAAGAAAAAGGGGAAAUCUAAGCGUGCGCAUGUUCUGGUCGCCGCUGUGGAACGCGCGACCGCGAACUUUGUCGAGAAAGGAGAAAUGAUCGCUCUGGAGAAUCCUGAUAUUAAGAAGGAGAUGUUGUCAACUGUUGAAGAGGUUCGGAGAACAGGAGAGGAGAUGUCAAGCUCCGCCAAAGAGUUUGCUAAUGAUCCCUGCAGCAGUGUGAAAAGAGGAAACAUGGUGAGGGCAAGUAGAAACCUUCUCUCCUCAGUGACACGGCUUCUUAUACUGGCAGAUAUGAUAGAUGUGCAUUUAUUAAUGAAGAAGCUGCACAGGGUUGAAGAUGAUCUUGAAUAUCUUAAAUCAGUUUCCUCCCAGGCAGAGCUGAUGGAGGGAAUGGAUAGAUUCGGUAAAUCCUCAGCAGAUCUGAUGACUCAGGCAGCAAAACGUCAAUUUGAACUUAAAGAUCCUGUCUCAAGAGACGACCUGGCAGCAGCUAGAGCUGUUCUAAAGAAGCAUUCGAUGAUGCUGCUUACAGCCAGCAAAGCAUAUGUAAGACACCCGGAGUUAGCAGCAGCGAAAUCCAAUCGUGAUUAUGUUUUGAGACAAGUCUGUGAAGCGGUGAACACGAUAAGCGAUGUUGCACAAGGAAAGAAUGGAUCUAUCAACUCAUUCGAAGGAACCGGGGAACUAGCCACAGCGUUGGAUGAUUUUGACGAUCGAAUUCUAAUAAACCCGAUUACUUUUGAUGAAUCGACGGCUCGACCAAGUCUUGAGGAGAGGCUAGAGAGUAUUAUUAGCGGCGCUGCUCUAAUGGCAGACAGCAGUUGCACCAGGGAUGAACGGAGAGAGAAAAUUGUUGCAGAAUGUAACGCUGUAAGACAAGCACUGCAGGAUCUACUUUCCGAGUAUAUGAACAAUCCUGGAGUUAAACACAACCCUAGUCUGGACGGAGCAAUUGAUCUUAUGUGCCAAAAAACCAAAGAUUUGCGUCGUCAGCUUCGCAAAGCCGUUGUUGAUCAUGUAUCCGAUAGUUUUAUUGAAUCCACGGGUCCCUUGUAUGCUCUAGUGGAUGCUGCUAGGGAGGGUAAGGAGAGAGAUGUUGAGGAACUUAGUUUAAUAUUUACGGAGCACACCAACAAGCUGGUUGAGGUAGCAAACCUGGCCUGUAGUAUGUCGGAUAACGAGGAGGGAGUAAAGAUGGUUCGUUAUGCUGCGCAACAGAUACAAAACCUCUGUCCUCAAGUUAUAAAUGCUGCUAGGAUACUGGCUAGCAGGCCGAGAAGUAAGGUUGCCCAGGAGAACAUGGAUGUAUUCAAAGAUGCUUGGGAAAGCCAGGUUCGGAUCUUAACCGAUGCUGUGGACGAUAUCGUUACCGUCGACGAUUUUCUGUCUGUAAGCGAAAAUCAUAUUCUAGAGGAUGUAAAUAAAUGCUGUUUAGCUCUUCAAGAGAAGGAUCCUGAAACCCUUGACAGGAUUGCUGGAGCAAUAAAGGGAAGAUCUGGAAGGAUUGCUGGAGUCGUGGAGUCGGAGAUGGAUAACUAUGAACCUGGAGUUUACACGGAGCGUGUUCUAGAAGCAGUUCGUCUUUUCCGAUCCCAGGUUAUUUCAAACUUUUCUACCAAAGUUGAAGACGCUCUCGUUUCCCUCAGCUCACUUCCUGCUCGCCUGGUCGACGAGAAUGAGUUUAUCGACGCUAGUCGCCUUGUUUAUGACGGAGUACGAGAGAUUCGACGAGCUGUACUACUGAAUCGCGGAGAAGAAGAGAUCGAUACUGACACUGACUGGGAGGAGGAGGGAGAAAUCAGUGAAAUCGGAAGUGUCCGACCACAGGUUGAGUCAAGGACCGAUUCAGUGAUAGAUGAGUAUCCGGAUAUAUCUGGGAUUACUAAUGCUCGUGAGGCGAUGAAAAAGCUUCCCGAAGAGGAGAGACAAAAGAUCGCCCAGCAGGUUGAGGUGUUCAGGGUGGAGAAGAGGGAGUUUGAUCGGGAAGUCUCCAAGUGGGAUGACAACGGAAACGAAGUCAUUGUCCUGGCCAAGCACAUGUGUAUGAUCAUGAUGGAAAUGACAGAUUUUACCCGAGGUAAAGGUAACCUGAAAACUACCAUGGAUGUGAUUGAAGCAGCUAAGAAGAUAUCUGAAGCUGGAACCAAGCUGGAUAAAUUAGCUCGUCAAAUAGCUGAUCAGUGUCCUGAGUCAACCACCAAGAAGGAUCUUAUUGCAUACCUUCAAAGGAUUGCUCUGUACUGUCACCAGCUGAAUAUUACAAGCAAGGUUAAAGCUGAUGUACAGAACGUCUCCGGAGAAUUGAUUGUAUCCGGGUUGGACUCUGCUACAUCUCUGAUCCAGGCAGCGAAGAAUUUAAUGAACGCCGUAGUUCUCACAGUGAAAGCAAGCUAUGUAGCAAGCACCAAGUACAGGAAGACAGAACAGUUAGCUGCCAAGGUUCCAAUCGUGGUUUGGAAGAUGAAAGCUCCGGAGAAGAAACCUCUGGUGAGACUAGAGGCUCCAGAAGAGGUUAAAGCUAAAGUAAGAAAAGGAUCUCAGAAGAAGCAGACAAGUCCUCUCAAGAUACUCAGUGAUUUUGAGGGAUUAGAACCAGAUGAAAACCUUUAAAAUCAACGUAAAGGUUAUAUUAUAAACGCUCUUAUUUAUAUAUAUUUUUUUUGCAUUUCUCGCAAUCUCAGUAACUAUCUCUCAAAAACAGCCUUCUUUUUAAAAUAUUUGCAGUUUAUGAUUUUUAGUGCAUUUACAUAUCCUACAAUGUGUCAAAGAUCUUAAAAAACGUUUAUAUUUGAAAAAAUUUGUUUAAGACAUUUUGAUUUAUAUGUUAAGUUUUAUAU